CCAUAAAUUGAAUGGAGUCCAAGUAGGGCUUAAAGAAUCUCUGAAUUAUUCACCAAUCCAUGGCCAAUCUUCCGACCAUCUUCCAUUUUCAUCCCAGCUUCAAAUGGCGGAAUAUUUCACCUCUGUAUAUCAACACCAAAAUCCAAUUCUCGUAUUCAACUACACGCAGUAACUUUAAUUUUCACCACUCCAAUACAAUAAAUCAAGCAACAAGUGUUUCGUAUUCAAAUGCAUGUAAGCAAAUUCAACAGGGCUGUGAUGAAAUAUUUCACACUUUCAAGAGAUGGAGGGAUUAUGUUCCGGGUGGAAAUUGGUGGGAUUUGUAUGAUUCUGAGCCGCUAAUAGAUGGGGCAAAGCCAGUUACUGUUUUGAAUGCUCUUAGCAAAAUGUGGGCAUUGGUAACUGACGAACAUUGGGUUUUGUACACAGCAUUUGGUGCCCUAACUGUUGCUGCGCUUUCGGAGAUCUCAAUUCCAAGUAUAUUGGCUGGAGCCAUCUUCUCUGCACAAAGUGGUAAAACAAUGGUUUUUCACCGAAACACCUGGCUACUAGUUCUCCUGUGUUUCACCUCUGGGAUAUGCAGUGGUCUGCGAAGUGGAUGCUUUGCAUUGGCAAAUACAAUCUUGGUUAAACGACUCAGGGAAACUUUGUAUAGAUCUCUUCUUCUUCAGGAUAUAUCCUUUUUUGAAAUAGCAGCAGUGGGUGAUUUAACUAGCAGACUUGGUACAGAUUGUCAGCGAUUAUCCCAUAGCAUUGGAAAUGAUAUACAUCUAAUUCUACGCAAUAUUCUUCAGGGGACAGGUGCAUUCAUUAACUUGAUGACUUUGUCGUGGCCUCUGGCUCUGUCAUCACUGGUCAUAUGCUUCACUUUAUCUGCAAUUUUUCUUGUGUAUGGCCAGUACCAGAAGAAAGCAGCAAUGCUUGCACAAAAGUGGGCAGCUUCUUCCAAUGACGUUGCCCAAGAAACUCUAUCUUUGAUGAGGACAGUCCGUGCUUAUGGAACAGAAACUGAGGAACUUCAAAGGUUCAUGCAAGGACUCGAAAGGUUAUCUUCUAUAAGCAUCAGGGAAAGUAUAGCUUAUGGAUUGUGGAACCUCAGCUUCAGUGCUUUGUACCGAAUGACUCAGGUUUUCGCUGUCUUUUUAGGAGGAAUGUCUAUUUUUAGUGGGCACGUAUCAGCAGAGCAACUUAUGAAGUAUGUUUUCUACUGCGAGUGGCUCAUUUAUGCCGCUUGGAGGUUGCAAGACAAUAUGUCGUCCUUACUUCAGUCUAUUGGAGCCUGUGAACAAGUCUUCCAGUUGAUGAAUAUCUCACCCAGCCAUCAAUUCUUAUCAAAAGGAUUAAAGUUACAGAGGCUGAAGGGAGACAUUGAAUUUGUGAAUGUGUCCUUUAACUAUUCUUCUAGGAAAAAGGUACCAGUUGUGGAAAAUGUGAACUUUAAGAUACAACCUAACAACAUAAUUGCAAUUGUUGGGGCCAGUGGUAGCGGGAAAACUACAUUAAUCAAUCUUUUGCUUCGACUCUACGACCCAGACAGUGGUCAGAUUUUAAUAGAUGGCAUUCCUCUUAGAGAGCUGGACAUCAGGUGGCUGAGGGAAAAUAUUGGAUUCGUUUCACAGGAACCUCAGAUUUUCCACGCUGAUUUUAAGUCGAACAUAAUGUAUGGUUGCCCCCGAAGCAUCAAACGGGAAGAGAUAGAAUGGGCUGCAAAGCGGGCUUAUGUGCACGAAUUCAUCUCUUCUUUUCCCAGGGGUUAUGAUACUCCUAUUGAUAAUAAUCUAUUAAGUAGAGGGCAAAAGCAGCGCAUUGCUAUUGCAAGGGCAAUUCUUAGAGAUCCUACAAUUCUUGUUUUCGAUGAAGCUACCAGCGCUCUUGAUGCUGAGAAUGAACACUUAAUCAAGGAGAUACUUUAUUCUUUCAAGAAAGAAUUGAAUCGUACAGUAAUUAUAAUCGCACACAGGAUGUCUACCAUAAAAGAUGUUGACAGAAUUCUGGUAAUGGAUAGCGGACAAGUUGUUGAGAUGGGUAAUCAUGUAGAGCUCCUUUGCAAGGAUGGACUAUAUGCUCGAUUAUUCAAAUUACAAAAUGACAUUCUAGAUUGAUCGACUAUAGGAAGAGACUCACCGACAAUAUGAUUCCUCUGUGCACAACACAGGUGCUGAUAUUGCUCGUCUUCACUAACAUGUCUAUUUUAACAAGUCUUACUGGCUCUCUCCGAGACAAUACCUAGAUAAUUAUACCUUUUGUGAUAUUGCACUAAACAUUGAGUACGGGCGUUAUUUUGGCUUAUCAGGGUAAGAUGUCUCUAGUAGAGUGAACAUAUGAAACAAAACUCCAUUUCCUCUAAAGGAUAGCUCUCUGGAUUUGUGUAUUCUUUUAUCCUUUAUGAGAUUAUAUCCUUUUUUGGUGGCCCCCUUCUUUUA